CAGCAGCAUAUCCUAUUGUGAUUCAUUGUCCCAGACCCCUCCCCGCUUCUGUAGCUUGCCCCCCUUCGCCUUCGCCUUCGCCGUAGUCACAGCGCAUUAGCUGUCCACAUUUUUCAUUUUUGCACUGUAAAGCCCGCUGCCCCUUCAGCACCCUGCCCACUGGAGGCCACCCCCCAGAGCCCACUGUGACCUCUGCUGGUUCCGCCUGUGGCUGCCCUUUUCCCGCUCCCUACCUGGGCUGGCUCACUAACCUACCUUCUUCCCCUUCUUUAUUUUUUUUCUAUCCCACGAGACAACGCAACGGUGACUCGACCUUCUUCUCCUUUCAUUACCGUCAUCGCCGCAUAUUCUCGACUGCCACUGUCAAUCCUUCACAUCACAGGCCCCCGAAGACGCAUGCCGACUCGCCUUCACAGCCGCCAUCAUGUCGAGCCCAGAAAUUAACCAGGUGCUCGCCAACUCGCUGUCUCCUGACGCGACCCUCAGAACUGCCGCUGAGCAGCAGCUCACCCAGGCUGCCGACAGCAACUUCCCUCUCUACCUUGCCACCCUCGUCCAAGAACUCGCCAACGAACAGGCUGUCGGCUCUAUCCGUGCCGCCGCCGGUCUCGCCCUCAAGAACGCCUUCACAGCACGCGACGCAGCGCGCCAACAGGACCUUCAGGCCAAAUGGCUCCAGCAGACGGACGAUGAAACAAAGAACCGCGUUAAGCAGCUCACACUGCAAACCCUGUCAUCUAACAACAACCAGGCUGGCAAUGCCGCCGCCCAGGUCGUCUCAUCCAUCGCCGUCAUCGAGCUGCCUCGCGAUCAGUGGAACGACCUUUUGCCUUUUCUCGUCAAGAAUGUGACGGAAGGCGCCGACCACCAGAAGCAGGCCUCUCUCACAACAAUUGGUUACAUCUGCGAAAGCCAAGACUCAUCUCUUCGCGAAGCUCUCGGCGCACACUCCAACGCUAUCCUCACAGCUGUCGUCCAGGGUGCCCGCAAAGAGGAGACCAACGCCGAAGUUCGCCUGUCCGCCAUCACCGCUCUCGGUGACUCCCUCGAAUUCAUUGCCAAUAACUUCAAGCAUGAGGGCGAGCGAAACUACAUUAUGCAGGUUGUCUGCGAGGCCACACAGGCCGAGGACUCUCGCAUCCAGCAGGGCGCUUUCGGCUGCCUCAACAGAAUCAUGGCUCUCUACUACGAAAACAUGCGCUAUUACAUGGAGAAGGCUCUCUUUGGCCUCACCAUUCUCGGUAUGAAGUCCGAGGAUGAGGACGUUGCUAAGCUCGCUGUUGAAUUCUGGAGCACCGUCUGUGAAGAGGAACUUUCCAUUGAAGAUGACAACGCUCAGGUCGAAAGCUCCGACCAGAUGCGUCCCUUUUACAACUUUGCCCGUGUUGCUGCUAACGAGGUUGUUCCCGUCCUUCUCCUCCUCCUCACUAAGCAGGAUGAGGAUGCUACCGACGACGAAUACAACAUCGCCAGAGCCGCCUACCAGUGCUUGCAGCUCUACUCUCAGGCUGUCACCGCCAGCAUCAUCGCCCCCGUCCUUGCUUUUGUCGAAAACAACGUCCACUCCCAGGACUGGCACGAGCGUGAUGCUGCCGUUUCGGCCUUUGGUGCCAUCAUGGAGGGUCCUGAGGAGAAGGUCCUUGACCCUAUUGUCAAGCAGGCCUUGCCCCUGCUCAUUACCAUGAUGGACGAUUCUUCCCUCCAGGUCAAGGACUCCACUGCCUAUGCUCUGGGCCGCCUCACUGCUGCUUGCUCAGAGUCUAUUGACCCCCAGCAGCAUCUCCCUACCUUGAUUGAGUCUCUCUUCAAGGGUCUCAUCAGCAGCUCCAAGAUGGCUCCUUCCUGCUGCUGGGCUCUCAUGAACUUGGCCGAGCGCUUUGCCGGCGACUUUGGUGCUGCCACCAACGCCCUCAGCCCUCACUUCAACCAGGCUGUCACUUCGCUUCUCGAUGUCACCAGCCGUCAGGAUGCUGAGACCUCUGUCCGCACUGCUGCGUACGAGGUUCUCAACACCUUUGUUCAGAGUGCCGCCACCGACAGCCUGCAGGCCGUUGCCUCCCUCUCUGACGUGAUUGUCAAGAGACUUGAGGAGACUAUUCCCCUUCAGCAGCAGGUCGUCAGCGUUGAAGAUAAGAUGACUCUUGAAGAGAUGCAGAACAGCUUGUGCUCUGUUCUUCAGGCCAUCAUCUCCCGCCUUGACAAGGAAAUCAUUCCCCAGGGUGACCGCAUCAUGCAGAUUGCUCUCCAGAUCCUGUCUACUGUCGGCAACAAGUCCUCGGUCCCCGAGUCCGUCUUUGCUGUCAUUAGCGCUUUGUCCACUGCCAUGGAGGAGGACUUUGUCAACUACAUGGAGGCUUUCUCUCCCUUCCUCUACAACGCUCUCGGCAACCAGGACGAGCCUGCUCUCUGCUCCAUGGCUAUCGGCCUUGUCAGCGACAUUACUCGUUCUCUUGGCGAGCGCAGCCAGCCGUACUGCGACAACUUUAUGAACCACCUGCUCAACAACCUGCGUAGCACCACGUUGGGCAACCAGUUCAAGCCCGCCAUCCUACAGUGCUUUGGUGACAUUGCUGGCGCCAUUACCGGUCACUUUGAGACAUACUUGACCGUUGUCGCCCAGGUCCUUGAACAGGCCUCUACCAUCACCGCGGCCCCCGAUGGUCCUUAUGAGAUGAUUGACUACGUCAUUUCCCUCCGCGAGGGCAUUAUGGAUGCCUGGGGAGGCAUCAUUGGCGCCAUGAAGUCCAGCGGCAAGACUCAGGCACUGCAGCAGUACAUACCCCAUGUCUUCCAGCUGCUUGGUUUGAUUGCUAGCGACGACAACCGCACCGAGUCUCUGCUCCGUGCCUCCAUGGGUGUCAUUGGCGAUCUUGCCGAGGCUUACCCCAACGGCGAGCUUGUUGAUGCUUUCCGCCAGGACUGGCUCACCACCAUGAUCAAGCAGACCAAGACCAACCGUGACUACCAGCCACGAACCAUUGAGACUGCCCGCUGGGCCCGCGAGCAGGUCAAGCGUCAGCUUGGUCAGAGCACCAUGGCUUAAACGCCUUUUGCUCUUGACUGGCAAACCCAAACCACAUCCCCAUUCCCCUGCACCACGUCACAACAACCCCCUACGAUCCCCACGCCUUUAUUAAUGUAAAUAGAUCCCUCAUCACCGUCAUCCAAAUACCCCAAUCACGACGCUACACAUCACUACACGGACACCUUCCCCCCAGGCAACUAUCUGUCUUACAUAUUUCUUAACUCACUUCAUAAAGUUACCCAUAUUACGCCUUUAGUUCCCCUUCAUAUCACCCAUUCAUUGCACACCCCCCUCUGCCCAGCACAAGUUUUUCAUCGCGUUUUGUUUUUUAUUGGUUUUAUUGGUCUUUUUUUUUUUUUUCGCAAUGUUUAAGCCACAUGGAUGGAAUAGAGAAGUCAUGUAAUGUCACGCGCUAGAUUAUGCGACGGCGACAAACUCAAAAGUCAUGUAGAGAGGGAAAACAACCGGAGUACUGGAUUUGUUUUUCUUUAAGUUUCUUUUUUAACCCCCCGUUUUGCGUUGUCCCUGUGCGGUUGCUUCUUGAGGAGGCUACAUUUUGGAGCCGCACCGAAGAAAGUGAUCGUGGUUGAGUUGUUCCGGGAGGAUAAUAGCGUUCUGUAAAUGCAAACAAGUAUUCAGAAAUGAAGAAUUGGGCCUGGUUUAUAGAGGCUUAUUUGAACCCCUUAUAUUGAAGAAU